CGUCCAAUCGCAGCGAACUCGUGCACGCAAGCGCGUGUACCCCAUUUAUUUUGCCGCCUGCACCUCCGCGUUAACCACCACAACUGUUCUGCUCACACACUGGUUGCAAGAUGGCAAUGAAAUUGGGUUACUGGGAUAUACGCGGGCUUGCUCAACCAAUCCGCCUGCUGUUGGAAUACACUGGCACGAAGUAUGAGGAAAAGUUGUAUUCCUGCGGUGAAGGCCCCAACUAUGACAAAAGCUGUUGGUUUGGUGAGAAGGACAAACUCGGAAUGGAUUUCCCUAAUUUGCCCUACCUAGUGGAUGGCGACACGAAGGUUGUCCAAAGCAAUGCCAUUCUGAGAUACAUUGCCCGCAAAAACAACCUUUGUGGAGAAACUGAAGAGGAACGGGUGAGGGUUGACAUUUUGGAAAAUCAGGCAAUGGACUUCCGCAAUGGUUUCGUUCAGGUCUGCUAUGGAGACUUUGACAAACUUAAACCGUGCUACAAUAAGGCACUGCCAGGAAUCUUAAAGCAGAUGUCUGAUUUUCUUGGUGAUAGGAAGUGGUUUGCUGGAAACAAGAUCACAUUUGUGGACUUCAUUAUGUAUGAGUUGUUGGAUCAGCACCGUAUGUUUUGUUCAGAAUGCUUGGAUGACUUCAAAAAUCUUCGGUGCUUUAUGGAUCGCUUUGAGAGCCUUGAGAAGAUCGUAGGAUACAUGAAGUCCAGCAAAUUCAUGAAGACACCUGUUAACAACAAGAUGGCAAAAUGGGGAAACAAAAAGGAGUGAAAAUGUUGAGGUUGUUGUUUAAAGCAUCAUAGGAUUACAUACAUUAAAUGCUUGGUCAAUGCAGUUAUGCAUUGCAGUGUGAUUUUGUUUUUUACCCGUUUUACAAAUUGUUUGAAAAAAAAAACAUUUAAGCAUAAUUAUUCACAUACAUUCAAUUGGCAGGCGACAUUAUGGGGUGGGGUUCCCGGACAGGGAUUAGACUAGUCCUAGACUACAAUAAAUGUAAGAGCUGUCCAAACUAAAAACUAAUUGCACUGACUUGUCUUAAAAUACAUCAGUGCCCUUUGUUUUGCCUCAAAAUGCACACAAGUAAUGUUUUAGUAAGGCAUGUUUGUUUAAACUAGUUAUGUUUCUUAAUUAAGGCUUAGUCCUGGCUUAAGCUAAUACCUUACCAUCCCUAUAAGCAUUAGGCACUGUUAUAAAAACAUUUCAAAUCAAUAAUUCUUUGUUGCCUUUAAAUGUGCCUCAGUUUCAUGAAAAGAAAAAUAAUUCACUGUUGUUACAUUUACAGAUUUCAGUGUUGUGAUGCUCUUGUAACAAUUGUGAAAAAAGAAAAAUAUCCAAUAAAGCUGUUUUAUGCUUA